ACCUCCAGCCCCAACAGGCCACCCAGCACCAAGUCCUCAGCAGAACACCCAGCUCCACCCUCCCCACCCCAUUGCUCCCUGUCAGCCCUGAGCGAGCAGGGAGUGUAGCCAUAGGAGAGCAGAGUGGCUCUGGAAAGCAGGCAGGGCUUCCUGCUGGGAGGUGGGCUGCCGGCCAUGCUCUGGAUGCUCUGGCCCAGGUGGCUGACAGGCAAGGGGCUGCCCCUCCUGGGGGCAGUGCUGCUACGGAAAAGAGAGAAGCAGGGACCUCAGUGGAGGCAAUGGCAGCGGGAAACCCACCCAUACUAUGACCUCCAGGUGAAGGUGCUGAAGGCCAGGAAUGUCCAGGGCACAGAUCUGUUGUCUAAAGCUGACUGCUAUGUGCACCUAUGGCUGCCCACGGCAUCCCCUAAUCCUGCCCAGACAAGGGUGAUAGCCAACUGCAGUGACCCUGAGUGGAACGAGACCUUCCACUACAAGAUCCAUGGUGCUGUGAAGAAUGUCCUGGAGAUCACCCUCUAUGACAAGGACAUCCUGGGCAGCAACCAGCUCUGCCUUCUGCUGUUUGACCUUGGGAGCCUCAAGCCCGGCCAACCCCACAGACACACCUUCCCACUCAACCACCAGGAUUCACAAGAGCUGCAGGUAGAAUUUGUUCUGGAGAACAGCCAGGUGCCUGCGUCUGAAGUCAUCACCAAUGGGGUCCUGGUGGCUCAGCCCUGUUUGAGAAUCCAGGGCACCCUCAAGGGAGAUGGGACAGCCCCACACCGAGAAUAUGGCUCUAGACAGAUUCAGCUGGCAGUACCUGGGGCCUACGAGAAGCCUCAGCUCUUGCCCCUGGAGCCUUCUGUGGAGGCAGGCCUCCCAGCCACCUUUACCUUCCACGUGAAUCCAGUGCUCAGCUCCAGGCUGGAUGUGGAGCUGGGGGAGCAGCUCACUGUCCUGCAGAGCGGCCUGAAUGCUGAGCUGGAGUCCCAGAUCAGCACGCUGGGCGAGGGAAGCAUCCUGCUCUCCUCUCUGGCCCUGGACCAGGAGGAACGGCGCUUUGUGGUCCUGGGGGAGGGCCAGAAGGUAGCGCUGAGCAUGAUGGCAGGAGUGAGCUCUGGGGACCUUGACCUGCGCCUUGGCUUUGACCUCUGUGAUGGGGAACGGGAGUUUCUGGACAAGAGGAAGCAGACUGUGUCCAAGGCCCUGCAGCAGGUGCUCGGAUUGAGCCAGGCCCCUGACAGUGGCCAGGUGCCUGUGGUGGCUGUGCUGGGUUCGGGAGGUGGAACCCGAGCCAUGUCUUCCCUGUAUGGCAGCCUGGCGGGGCUGCAGGAGCUCGGCCUCCUGGACACUGUGACCUACCUGAGUGGGAUCUCUGGGUCCACCUGGUGCAUCUCCACACUCUACGAGGACCCGGCCUGGUCCCAGGUGGCUUUACAGGGUCCCAUUGAGCGUGCCCAGGCUCGGGUCUGCAGCAGUAAGAUGGGGGCAAUAUCCACAGAGCGCCUCCAAUACUACGCCCAGGAGCUGGGCAUCCGUGAAAGCAGUGGCCACAGAGUUUCCCUCAUCGACCUCUGGGGCCUCCUUGUUGAAUAUUUCCUGUACGAGAAGGAAAACCCUGCCAAGCUGUCUGACCAGCAGGAGGCAGUCAGCCAGGGCCAGAACCCUUACCCCAUCUACGCCAGCGUCAAUGUCCGCACCAACAUCAGUGGGGAAGAAUUUGCAGAGUGGUGCGAGUUCACUCCCCAUGAGGUUGGCUUCCCCAAGUAUGGGGCUUAUGUUCCCACCGAGCUCUUUGGCUCAGAGUUCUUCAUGGGGCGUCUGCUGCAGCUCUGGCCUGAGCCCAGGAUCUGCUACCUGCAGGGUAUGUGGGGCAGCGCCUUUGCAGCCAGCCUGGAUGAGAUCUUCCUGAAGACGGCUGGCUCAGGCCUUGGCUUCCUCGACUGGCACAGAGCCAGUGUGAACAUUACAGACGACUGCCACAAGCUCCAGCUGCAUGACCCCACACGGCUUCGGACAAGGCUUUUCACCCCCCAGGGGCCCUUCUCCCAGGCAGUGCUGGACAUAUUCACCUCCCGCUUUACCUCGGCAGAGAACUUCAAUUUCACCAGUGGCCUCUGUCUGCACAAGGACUAUGUGGCUGGCAGGGAGUUUGUGGCUUGGAAAGACACGCACCCAGACGGCUUCCCCAACCAGCUCACUCCCAUGCGGGACUGCCUGUACCUGGUAGAUGGGGGCUUCGCCAUCAACUCUCCGUUCCCACUGAGCCUGCUGCCACAGAGAUCAGUGGACCUCAUUCUGUCCUUCGACUACUCCCUGGAGGCCCCUUUUGAGGUCUUACAGAUGACAGAGAAGUACUGCCUGGACCGAGGCAUUGCCUUCCCCAGGAUUGAGGUGCUCCCUGAGGACCUGGAGGAGCCCCGUGAGUGCUACCUGUUUGCCAAGGCCAAGGACCCCUGCUCUCCCAUUGUGCUGCACUUUCCCCUUGUCAACCGUACCUUCCGUACAUACCUGGCCCCAGGUGUAGAGCGGCAAACAGCUGAGGAGAAGGCCGAUGGAGACUUUGUCAUCAAUGGUCUAGACACCCCCUAUGGCAUGAUGAACUUUACCUAUCAACCCAGGGAGUUUGAUCGGCUGGUAGCCCUGAGUCGAUACAACGUUCUCAACAAUGUGGAGACUGUGAGGCACGCCCUCCGGCUGGCUUUGGACCGGCGGCAGGCGGGUGACAGGGCUGGAGGCUGAGCCAGGCUGGAGUCGGAGGCCUCUGACAGAGAGGAGGGCCAGUAGGGCUCGGACCACAACUUGGCAGAGGGCGGGUGGUGGGCUCUGCUUCUUCCCAUCCCACUGGACCUGCCUGGAGGUCCCACUGGCCCUGGAAAGCUCCUGCGAAUGGUGGCUUGGACUCUGGGAGGGGCCCUUCUGGGAGCAGAGGAGGCAGUGUCCCUCCAGGGGCUCUCGGGGUGUGGGGCAGAGGUGAGCCGUGUUCAUCUUACAUUGGAGUGUGCAGAGGGGAUCAGGCAACAGUCUAGUGCCAGGGGUCACCCCAAACGCAGAAGGGCCUCCAAGGGCCCAGGACUUCAGACUCUCACCAGAAUGGGAGCUGUGAGAGCUGAGGGCAGGUUCCUCUCCUUGAGCUAAGACCAAAGACAGAUCCAUCAAUCGAACUCACACUCCUGCAAAGGGCCUAGCUCCUGGAGCAGUGUAAGUGCUAUCAAGAUUAAAGGGGGCCAUGUGGGCUGCCAGUCUGGGUCACUAACUCCAUUGUCCUGCCCACUACCCCUCCUUCCCUUUCUGGCCUCCCCUGUUCCUCCUCACCACUCCCACCCAUCUCUGCUCUGCCUCUGGAAGGCUAAGGGGUGGUGGUAUCCAGUCCUGGCACGGCUCCAGAGGGUAGGUGUGCUCUGUAUGACCUCGCAUACUGUGCUCCUUUUUUCCGAGCCGCAGGGCAGAUGUGAUGGGCUGGGGCACAGGCCUUGGCCGCUCAUCUGAGACCCCCAGAUGCCUUACCCUGACCACCCUCUGCCCAGGGGAACAAGUGCUCUUAAACUUCCAGGGUUGCUUUCUUUUUGAAAAUUUUGGACCAAAGUUCUGUUUCUGUUUUUUGUCUGCCUCUGAUGCUGGGACCCCAGAAGAGGGGUCUCCUACCCGCUGUCCUGUGCUCGGGUCCCGUGCUGGCUGGCCUCUCCCUGGUGUCUAGACUCUCAAAUUUCCAUUAUUGUCUUCCUGCUAAUUACUCACAUUUCACUCUUUAAAGUUGGGCCAUAUUUUCUUGUCAUGUGUACAGCUACCACUUCAUGUAAAUAGUCUCACUAUUCCCAGCAGCAGAGUGGGUGUGUCUGGAGGGCACAUCUGGUUAUCAGGGCAGAGUGUGAGCCUGCAUGUAUGCAUGUUCCUAGUGAGGAUGAACACUGUCUGUUGCCUGGGAUGGACAGUGGUAGAAGGACCCUGGCUGGGAACUCAGAGGCCUGGUUUCCUGCCUCUUUCACAGACUCAUCGGUGAUCUGGGCGAUCUCUCUCUGUUUCUCAUCCCUGCUGACCCACCUGGGACCGUCUAAAUAUCUGGAGCCUCUCCAGCCUGGGCAGAUUCCAGGUCUGUGCUGAGAGGAGAUCCUUUCUGAUAGACUGGUCUCGGGGCUCUCCAGGCCUUCCCUUCCUGACCAUGGGCCUCUGCAGCCUCGUUCUCCUCACCCCUGCCCACCAGUGCUGAGCCGCCUGGGGCCUUCAGUUCAAGCUGCCAUACUCGCUUGAACACUUGCUUCUAUUGCCCCCAUCUGCCAGAAGUGCCCUCUUUGGCUGAACCCCUGCCCCCCUACCCCUGCCUCCAAACACACAAGCAUGCUCUCCAGGAACAAAGUCAAUUCCCUUUCAAUCAGGGACAUCUGUGAGAGGAAACCUCUCCUAUUCUGACUCUGGGAAGAAGACCCUAGUUCUGGUUCCCAGCUGGGAAGAAGGUGACUAGAUCCUAGCCUGUGCCCCCAGCCUGGCCUGGCCUGGCCUGGGACUCUCAGGCCUCCUGCUGGACAUCAGCAGGUAGGGCUGAAGGAGCAGGGCCCCAAAAGGUCCAGUGGUUCUGGCUGCCAAUCAUAGGCCACACCUGCCUCCUCACCAGUGCCGCUCAUCAUAGGCACACCACCCCUGCCUCUUGGCUUAGCAGUGAGAAGUCUCCUUUGGGGAAGCCCCAGGCUGGCCCCUGAGCUCCUGCUACGGCCACUGUCAUCAUUACUUCUGUGCCCACCACCAUCAAUAGCUUGUAUAUUAGGACCUCCAUAGAGUUCAUAACUUAGAACUUCAUAGAGUUCUUAGAACUUGGAACUCCUAGAGUUCACCGAGUUCUUAGACCUUCAUAGAGCUCAAAAUUUAGUAUCUUCUAUCAGUCUAUCUUUAAUGCCUCAUACAGCCCUAGGCUGUCUCUAGCCUCUGAAAAGUAAGUCCCCUGUGGGCAGAGAUAUUUGCCUGUUUUGUUUGCUGCUGUAUCCCCAGGACUUGGAGCAGUGGCUGGCAGAUAAUGAAUGGGAUUUGACAAAUAAAGGAAUGGGAUCCUAUAUUCUAAAGAGAUGGUUGAUUACCUCUCAGCCAUGAAAGGGUAUGUAACACUCUACUCCAAAGGUUCUUAACCCAUUUGGACUUUUUCAAAUAGCUGAUGAAAGCCAUGGACCCUCUCCCAAGAAAAAUGCUCAUAUGUAUGAAAGUUGCAAUCAGUAAGGUCUCUACUCCCUAUGUGAUCACUAACCCGGGGUUGUGGGGGCUGGUGUUUGGCCUCCUGGAGCAGCAAGUUUUAUGAAGGAAGCAGGUAUGUUGGCUUUUGUAGAGCUGGUAGGUACCUUCCUUUACAUAGAAGUAUAGGAAAUGCCUCUUUGGCUCAGAUUAGGUUUGGGAAGAUGUAAUGAGACAAGGAUGAGAGGGCAGGGAGAGGGAGGCUGGUCCAGUUCUCUAGCCAAGAAAUUGGUCAGCAGGUGCAGGGGUGACCUCAGCCAGGGAAUGAGGAAACAUCAUGGGGAUUGAAUCUGAGCACCAACUAGAAUGAACAGUUGGGGACCAAAGAUGACCAGGCCAGUUUGGCUCCUGCUUCUAAGUGAGUAGGGAUCUGAGACUAUUUCUACUCCAUUUCUAUCCCACUUACAAGCCUUGCCCAGGAUGGCUGGAAUUAUAUUUCAAGGUCCUGAAGGUGAUGGAGCUGGAGGAAUUUGGCCAGAACAUAACUCGGGCUAGUUAGAAACCCAGGAGCAAGGACAUCACUCCUCAACUUGUCAGAGUCCCUCAUUGUGCAAGGAAAGGAAGGGUGGCCACCAAGCAUGCCAAGUAUGGCUGCACAGACUGUGCACUGCACAACUCUGGCGGAGAGGUAGGCAUUCAUAUGAACUGAUGACAUGAAGUUGCUCUGUGUUGUACCAUGUGUCAGCCCUGGAACCACAGUCUUAGCUGAUGGAGUGUGAGAACAGAGGUUGGUUCAAAAAUUAGGCCCCCUGGCUUCUUCAGCUACACCUCCAGGCACUUAUAAGAGUUCUUAUAGAAAAAAGAAAAAAAAAAGAAGGUGGUGGAGACAGAAGGUGGGAAGGAAAGGAAGGAGAAACAGAGAUAGAGGAAGAAGAAGAAGAAACUUUUCCAUUCCUUGGAUGGUGCAGCCCUGAGGGGUGUCUCAGGUUUUGGCAGGUGGCUGGUUGGCAUAGGUGCACCCCCUUCUCCAGAGCUCAAACCAUGCAGCUCAUUGCCUCACUGCCACUCCCUUCUUUUGGCAAGAGUUUGAAUGAAGGCUCCCUUAUUUCAGAUGGAUCCAUUCUUGGAGGAAAGGAGGGUUGCCUGCUUAAUCAUGCAUACAUGCAUUUCACCUCAACAUCCCCCUACAGGGGGUAAAAAUGUAGAGGGACAGAACAGGCGGGGCAGGGAGUCCAGGACUUUCUCUGUGGGAGAGAGAAGUCUGUUUAGGGCUGUCCUGAGAGUUGUGGGUGUGCUGGUCACCUGGAGUUCAGGGAUGGGGAUUAGUUUUUUCCAAUCAGGACAACUGAGGCACAGGAAAUAUUAACCAAAUAAGGGUCCACAUAUAUUAAAAACCAUUUACUUUAGUCAGAUUUUGGUUUUGAAGGUAUAUAAUAGAAAGCCAUUUAGUUAGGCUUUUUAAGUCUAAUUGCCAACACUAGGUGGAAAACUUUGGAAAAGUAAAUGGUAGAAGGAGGCAAGGUUGGGGGAAUGGUCAGGAAAAGGGAAGGGUAGGAAAAUACGGGUAAGGCAGAGGAGAAGAGACAGAGUUACUGGAAAGGGGCAGUCAGGUGGGGAGGAGGCACAGAAGAGAGAGGAGACAAUUGUUCUCGAGAAAGGCUCCCCUGAGUACCUGGUGCUCACAGGUGUUCUGUACCUCUUUAUCCUUGACCUCCACCUUCGCAUUGCACUGGAAUCCCCAGGGGAGCUUAAACAGUGCCUAUGGCCAGGCUGGUUCUGCCUGGUGUCCUGUAGGCUGUAUUUCUCGCUCUAUGCACCCUGGCUCGGUCCUCUGGACUUGGGCUCCACACUGUAGCCAGGUAUCCCUUUAUGCUGCUUCUGGUUCAGGCUGGUACCACUUGAGGCUCCCCUUUCUUGCUUUCUGAUUCAUUUCUCUUUCUUUCACUAUCUCCUGUCUACUGGUUUGAAAGUUAUAUUUCCUAUUUCUAGAAGUCUGAUGGCUCAUCUUGUUAAUUUUAUUGAAAUAUAAUUUAUAAAAAAUAUAAUGUACCCAUUCUAAGUGUACAGUAAGUAUACAAGACUAAGUAUACAGUUCAAUUAAUUCUGAUAUAUUUAUAUACACAUACAACCAUCACCACAGUCAAGAUAUGGAACAUUUCCUUCCCUCAAAAAAAGUUCUCUUACGUUCCGUCCCAAUCAAUCACCCGCCCCUGGUCCCAGUGACCACUGAUACACUUUCUGUCACUCAAGACUAGAUUUGUCCUUUUCAGAGUCUCCUAUAAAUAGAUUUGUGUGUGCAUUC